AGAUCCGCUGGGAAUUGAAAAAUAGUUUUCCCAAAAACAUUACACGAUGGAUUUUAGAAUCUAUCAAUUUCUUACACCUCUCGCUAUCGCUUUCUUUAUCACUGUCUGCUUGCCCUCCUAGCUCAGAUCUGCUCUGCUGCCUCGCUUCUCUGAGAUCUCUCUCUCUCCUCCCUCCUUUUUCACGUUUAUGCUAGUUUUUUGCAGGCUAAUUACUACAACUGCUACUACAAAUAAUCAUGUCAAGGAGGCAAGUAAAUCCUGCUCGGCGUAUUGCUGACAGUGGAAGCAUCCCAUUCGUUGGUUCUGUGCAAUCCAAAACCCGUUCAUCGCCUUUACUAUCUGUUGUGCUUGUAGUCUUGGGCGCGAUUCUCAUUAUUGGCUAUUGUUAUAGCGGCUCAGGUGGAGCGAGCAACAUUGAGGCUGUAAGAAAAGUUGAAGGUGGUGUUUCGUGCACAUAUGAAGUCCAGACAGCCAUACCUGUCCUGAAGAAAGUAUACGGUGACAGCAUGCAUAAAGUGUUGCAUGUGGGCCCUGACACAUGUUCCGUAGUAUCCAAGUUAUUGAAAGAGGAGGAUACCGAAGCCUGGGGUGUGGAACCAUAUGACCUGGAGGAUGCUGACACGAAUUGCAAAAGUCUUGUGCGCAAAGGCCUUGUACGAAUGGCUGAUAUAAAGUUCUCACUGCCAUACCGAGCAAAGUCAUUUUCUCUUGUAGUAGUGUCAGAUGCUUUGGAUUACUUGUCUCCAAAAUACCUCAACAAAACUCUUCCUGAAUUGGCAAGGGUAUCUACCGAUGGUGUUGUUAUAUUUGCUGGUUAUCCCGGUCAGAAUAGAGCUAAAGUCGCAGAGCUUUCAAAGUUUGGCCGUCCAGCCAAGUUGAGAAGCUCCUCUUGGUGGAUAAGGUUUUUUCUCCAAAACAGCUUGGAAGAUAAUGAAGCAGCCUCAAAGAAGUUUGAACAGGCUUCAACCAAGAGGUCCUAUAAACCCGCCUGCCAAGUUUUUCAUCUCAAAUCAUUUCAAUGAGAUUCGUUGUGCGCUUCAUCACCCUUUCAGUUUUUAGGCGAAAACCAAGGCCUACGCAUCUUUCUGCCCAAAGGGUAAGUAAGUUCAUAUGAAAUGGAAAUCACAGUCUCGUUUUGUGUCAAAAUUAGUAGACAGUAGAUGUUUGAUCAGUGUAUUUGUUAAUCAAGGAAGUGAAUUUCACAUGAAUUUGCUUCCUUCACCGCGUAUACUUUAGAAUUGGUACUUUCCGUCCUAAAAUAGCUGCCUGUUUUUGAUCUGUCAUGAAUAAUUCUUUUCGUCAUUUCAUCUUAAAUUGAGAAUACA